AUGAAGGCGCGGACGAAGGCGCGGGCGAGGCGGCAGCGCAUCCCGGCGUUUGGGGAGUGGAACUACGCCUACGUCGGCGCCGGCGACUGGCCUGUCACCCAGUACUUGGACUCCGCCAUGCAGGCCGGACGACUCGUCGUGGCGAUACCGCCCUCCUCGCCGCCCAAGCCUGCCAACAAGGUGGUGAAGUGGAGGGAAAGUGCCACACUAUCACUUGAGCUGGAGGACGAGGACGAGGACGAGAAGCAGCGGCAGCAGCAUGUGGUGGUGGGGCUGGGCGACCACGGUGGCGCGGUGAGGAAGCAGGGGAAGCAGCAGAGCACGGUGGUCCACGCCUACGACGCGGUGAAGGCCAUAGACCAGGACCUCUACCACAUCCCGCCUGACAUGCUCUGCCAUGAUCCCAGGAAACGGCUGAGGAGGAGGAGGAGCCUGUGGAUGGGCUGCCUGGGUCUCAACUGCGUCGCCUAG